UAAUAAACACCAUAUGUUUAUACAUUAAUACAAUGACUGCUUAUAAUUAGCGCAUCGCGUGUCCGACGCAGUCGUGUGUUUGUGUGUGUUGUCCGCCGUAUUCAGUGGACAUAAGCCGACGGGAUCUCCGUUAUAGGCGGUCAAUAAGCUGUUGAAUGUUUUCGUCAAAGACUAAGCCGCCGCCGCUGUCGUCACCGUCACGGGUCAGCAUUGAAGAGGCCAAUCAUCAUCUGAAGGCCGUCCACGAACGGGUCGACCAAUUGGAGGCCAUUAUUGCCGGUCAGCGACACGAGUUGGCCGCCAACGAGGAAAGACAUCGACAUGAAGUGUUCGGUUUGCAACAGUCGCACAGCCAACGGGUCCAACUACUCGGCCAACAGAUGAAUCAGAUGAGAGAUAGGAUCCAAGAGUUGGAACAAAAACUGGAAAAACAAAACAUUCGACUAAUAGAAGAAAAUGCAAAACAAAUGGAAAAAUUAUCGCAAAUCUUGAAACUGACGCCAAAUCUAGAGAUACUGUUGAAGUUGUUGAACGAUUUGAUGGCCAUUAACAACAACAACAACACUAAUACCGCCAAUAAUAACAAUAAUUUUAGUAUAGUUUAUAAUAAUAACAACAUCAACAACAAGAAUCGUAGGACAAGUGUUAGCGAUAGUUGUUUGGACACAAAGUUGUUGUCUGAGACCGAUAAUACCUGUAAACAACAAAUAAUGACAAACGGUUUUAUGGUCGUCGCCAACGAACAUCACCCGGAGGUCAACAACACAACAGCGGCAACAACAACAACAGUCAUCGAUAUUGACAGCAAUAAUAGUACAUCACUGUUGAAGACUACGAAAAAGUCGGUCAAAUACAAGUGCGACGACAUCGACAACAACGACCAUCAAUCGGUUCGCGAAGAGAUGACUGCUGCGGCUUCCGAAGGGUCGUCGUCUGUGAAUACAACGCCCGGUCAAUCGUCGUCGUCGUCAUCAUCGUUGACCACUACCGGAUCGUCCACUACAGGCAGCGGCAUAGUUGUUGGCCACCACAGGAAUCAGCGGUCCGGUAGUGGUAACUCUAAGCUGAGAAUUGGUCGCAGUUUUAACAUAACGGCCAACUUUUCCGAUGACGAAGACUCGAUGACUGCUGCCGUAGUGGCCGCGUCUUCCACGGCAACGACGACUGUCGGCGGUGAUAAUAGCGGCAGCUAUUCGGCACCGAUGAGACCACCGAUGAUAAACCGUAAAAUGUCUACCGAUAUUUGAAAAUAAUACAUACAAUUUGAAAAAUGAAAUGAAAGAUCGUAAAUAAUUAUGUUUCAAUUACUGGUAAAAUUACCGGUAAAUUACCUGUAAUUUAAAAAAUAAAACACAAAAUGUUAAAUGUUUUAUAUAAAAUAUAAACAUUUUAUGACAUUUAUCUAACAAAAACAAAAAAUCAAUUGUAAUCUCAUUUUGUGAUUGUUUUCCAAAAAAAUGUUUUCCAUUUAAUUUAUUUAAUUUUUUGUUUAAUUUAUUUAUUACAAUUUUAUUACCUACCUGAUUUAUUUAAUAUUUAUUUUUUAAAAAAAACUAGUCAAUAAAUGUUUUAUCCAUUACCUAAUUUGUAAAAAAAAUUCAAUAAAUAAUUAAAUAAAAUAUCCAAAAUUAU